GGGGCGUGCGGCAGGGUUGCCUCCGCUUCCGGUCGCCGCCGCGAUGCCGAUGAAGGGCCGUUUCCCGGUGCGUCGGACCCUGCAGUACCUCAGCCAGGGUGACGUCGUGUUCAAGAGCUCGGUGAAGGUGAUGACCGUGAACUACAACACGGCGGGAGAGCUGAGCGAAGGCGCGAGAAAGUUCGUGUUUUUCAACAUCCCCCAGAUCCAGUACAAGAACCCCUGGGUGCAGAUCAUGCUGUUCAGGAACAUGACUCCCUCGCCCUUCCUCCGGUUCUACCUGGACAGUGGAGAACAAGUUUUGGUUGACGUGGAAGAUAAAACCAACAAAGAGAUAACAGAGCACAUUAAAAAAAUCCUGGGGAAAAGCAAAGAAAUGCUUGAAAAAGAAGAGAGAGAAAGGAAAAAACUAUCACAUCCAGCAACCUUUGGGCCCAAGAAGUAUCAUCUGCGAGAAUGCAUGUGUGAGAUUGAAGGCCAAGUUCCCUGCCCUGCUUUUGUACCACUGCCCAAAGAGAUGAGGGGAAAAUACAAAGCUGCUAUGAAAAAUGAGGCAUGAGCCCAACAUUUCAAGUCAUGCAGUUAUUUUUCCUCAGGGCUGGACAAUGAAGGUGCUUCAGUGAGCCAAGAGCCAACAGUUCCUGGGAACAGGAACAAACAAGUUCAUUCAGUACAGACAACUCUGCCUCAUAAGCCUUCUUACAGCUACAACUACAAUAAUUAAGUGAAAAAUAAAUAAAAGUUAAAACUGGCACAAAAAAAGCUGUGGUUCUACAAAGUAUUGGCAGUCAACAACAGAAAACAAAA